GUUUUUGUCGCACAUCUGGCAACCCUGCCCCUACUCCAGUGUAGUGAAGGGAAGAUUAAAGCUGAGUGUAAAUCAGUGAUAAAGGCAUUGAACAGGCGGACAGUACAAAUCGUUUACGAUGGGAAACGCCGCGACCGCCAAGAAAGGCAACGAGCUGGAGAGUGAGACUUUUGUCAAAGAGUUCUUAGCCAAAGCCAAAGAAGAUUUCUUGAGGAAAUGGGAAUGUCCACCACAGAGCACAACUUGUCUAGACGACUUUGAGAGACUGAAGACUCUGGGCACGGGCAGUUUCGGGAGAGUCAUGCUGGUAAAACACAAAGGAACAGAGCAGUUCUACGCCAUGAAGAUUUUGGACAAACAGAAGGUGGUGAAAUUGAAGCAAAUAGAACACACAUUAAAUGAGAAGAGAAUAUUACAGGCGGUAUCGUUUCCCUUCCUCGUCAGAUUGGAAUACGCCUUCAAGGAUAAUUCCAACCUGUAUAUGGUGAUGGAGUACGUACCAGGCGGAGAGAUGUUCUCGCAUCUAAGAAGAAUCGGCCGGUUCAGUGAGCCACACGCACGGUUUUACGCAGCGCAGAUAGUCCUCACUUUUGAGUACCUUCACUCGCUAGACCUCAUCUACAGAGACCUGAAGCCUGAGAACCUUCUCAUCGAUCAGCAUGGUUAUAUACAGGUCACUGACUUUGGUUUUGCAAAACGAGUGAAGGGCCGAACCUGGACGUUGUGUGGAACCCCGGAGUACCUGGCACCAGAGAUCAUCCUCAGCAAGGGCUACAACAAAGCAGUGGACUGGUGGGCUCUAGGAGUGCUCAUAUACGAAAUGGCAGCAGGUUAUCCUCCGUUCUUCGCCGACCAGCCAAUUCAGAUCUACGAGAAGAUUGUGUCUGGAAAGGUACGAUUCCCGUCCCACUUCAGUUCAGAUCUGAAAGACCUGCUAAGGAAUCUGCUUCAGGUUGACCUGACGAAACGGUACGGCAACCUCAAGAACGGCGUCAACGACAUCAAAAACCACAAAUGGUUUGCCACAACAGAUUGGAUCGCCAUCUAUGAGAGAAAGGUUGAGGCUCCAUUUAUUCCGAAAUGCAGAGGCCCAGGAGACACGAGCAACUUCGACGACUACGAAGAGGAGGACAUCCGCGUGUCUGUUACGGAGAAAUGCGCGAAGGAGUUUGCCGAGUUUUAGUCUGGACACGUCGGAGCAAUACGUAUACAUAUACGUAUGUGUUUAUCGAUACGAAUACAUAUAUAUUUACGAGUGUGUGUGACUGUGUGCGCAUGAAUGCGUGUGCGAGCGUGUGUAUAACCACACAGCAAACGAAAUAAUGGGAUCUUUGCACUCUAAAGACACGGGGGGAUGAAGCGGAGACCACAUCACCACUUCAGAGUUACUGCAUAGCUCCUUCAUUCCGUCUGGUUCAUCAAGAGGCCAACAAAGCCCUCGCGCUUUUAUACGUUACAUCAGACUCUUCACUCGCUUUUUUUUUUUUCUUUUCUUUUUUUUUCUUCAGUCCGAUAAAUGUCUACGAUGUCGUUUUCUUCAAUGUUUUUAAAAGUGAAAAGGUUUUCAGCAGUGUUCAGGAUUAGGAGGUCAAAUGCCAAUACGCACCCGAGUGCCAGUUUAUCGGGUAAACGUUCCGAAUGUUGAGUUUGGAGUUCUGACUGUAGCCUUUCUGUUGUUCCAUCGCGGACCGUCUGGGCUCUUUAGACGUCUGGGCGUGUCAUUGUUUAGUACAACGCGCAUAUACCGUUUUUUUUUUUAAAGACUGCAAGAGCACUCCCGCCACUAGGGGGCGUUAAUAAUUGUAUUUUAUGCUUUUUUUAUUUUAUUUAAUUUUUUAUUUAAUGUAGGCAGUAUAAAGCUAACGUGCAAACAGUUAACACGAAUAAGUCUUUCUGCUUCAUUCUCAGAACUUUUAACUCCCAGAUGAGGCAAAACCACCACCUUAGAUCAACGUUUCAGACAAAAGACAUCGUUGGGAAAUGUCUCGUGUACUAUGAAUCAUUUAGCUACAAUACCGCAUCUACGUGUGUGUGUGUGUGUGUGUGUGUGUGUGUGUGUGUGUGUGUGUGUGUGUGUGUGUGUACACAUGCUGAUCAGCUAUAACAUUUAAUCCACCUGCCUGUUAUGGUGUAGGUUCCUCUUUGCUGCCAGAACAGCUUCCAGGCAUGGACUCUGAGAGACAUCUCACCUGAACGUCUGCUGUAGCAUCUAAAACCAAGACGUUAGCAGCAGAUCCUGUAAUGUCUAAGUUCUGAGGUUCAUGGAUCUGACUCUUGUUUGUUUAGCCCAUUUGAGAACUCCUGGGCAGUUUUUUGCACAGAAAGCGGUCACUGGUUUUUAUAAAAAUACCACUACCAUGAAGGAUCGUACUUGGUCUACAGCUAUGUGUAGGUCAUUGGUUUGUGUGUGUGUGUCGGUGUGACCUCCACGUUAACGUCAGGACCCAAGGGUUCCCAGUAGAACGCUAUCCAGAGGUUCUUACUGUAGUUUUUGUCGGAUGUAGCAAGGUACCCUCUCGGCAGGUGGGGUUUCCUCGUUGUCCGAGAUUAUGGUUAUCCGACAACACUUGUUAUCCGCGUCAAGGUCACAGCAAGGUCAAAUCGUUGUAUUUAUUUUUCUUCUUCCUUUUUAACGUCGUACCUCUUCCUGUUCGAAGUAUAAUUUUUACCUAACGUGUGUUCAAAGCAUAAAAUAAGUAACGAAGGAAUAAAGGGGUUUCCUCGUCUACACUGCCAACGAGUGCUGCUAGGGGUCUUGUUCAUGAGCUCAGAAAUGAGCAGGUCGGUGGUUUUUCGACUUUGGAUUGACAACUUAUUGAGCAGAAAACCAAAGCUUUUAUAGACAGAGCCACGAAUUUAUAUCAAAUCCGUUAGCGCACGUCUGCGUCUGUGUCGCUGCUGUGCCUCAGAAUGAACCACUGCUGAAAUAAUGUGUAAGCUCCUCUAUAGAAGAUGAGCAGAUGGGCUGCAGUCAGGAACUCUAAGUUAUAAAGAAGUACACAGCGGGUGAGGGUAAUAAACCGGCACGCUGCUGAGACUCGAAGCCAGUUGUGAUCUCAACAGUGUCAUGUAGCUACCAUUUGAAGGAUACGUGUUGCGUUUGUUUGUUACAUGCUUUGUGUAAUAUUUUCUUUUUUGUUAGCAGUUUUCUUACCUCAGAUGAUUCAACCUCUGAACUGUUUUUUUUUUCCUUUGUCUUGUGCAUACCUGGUGAUUUUAGAAGGGUUUUAAUUUCAGCUACUUUUGAAAGCAUGACCAAAACGACCGAGCCGUGGGUUGCUCGAACUUUUGAUCACGACUGAACCCACAGAUCCUCUGUCCAUGAGCGUUACAGUGCCCCCUAGUGUCAUACUAGACAAAACUCCAAACGUUACAGACUUGCUCUGGCUCUCUGGCUGUUUUCUGUAUUCUUUUGACAGCUUGAACGGGUCUCCAUUGGUGACGAGGUUCCAUCUGAAAAUGCCCCUGGUACCUUUUUUUUUAAUAAAUUGGCUCAAAACACACAGUACUGUACAUUUUCCUGAAAUGAUCUGUAGCAUAUGCCGUUUGCUGUGAAUGUGGAACUGAUGGUUUCCCGUGUUGGUUUUUUUUUUUUUUUUUUGUGGAAACUAACAAUGAGACUCGCCAGAUGCACAUGAAAUCUUUUUUUUUUCUUAUAUAUAUAUAUAUAUAUAUAUAUAUAUAUAUAUAUAUAUAUAUAUAUAUAUAUAUAUAAUUUUUCACCCUCCAACACGUCAUGCUCCAAAUUCUGUUUCUUGUCCUUGUUUAAUUUUCAUUGUACUGACUGAAUUUAGAGUGGCAACUCGUAGGUAUGGAUGAUGUUUGCAAUGCUUGAUUUCCAAGGUACAUUCUCACAGACACACAUACUUUCAAAAAAUUAUAAAAAAAAAAAAAAAAAAAAAAAAAGAAUUGACCGGGGUUUGUUUGCCUCGGCUCCUUUGUAUCACAGAAUUCAGUUAUUGUUCUGCUCAUAAUGCAUAUAUGCAUUGUUUCUUAUAUAUGUUUUUAUUUAUACACAUUAGAGAUGCUAAUAAAUUUUAUUUUUAAAAUUG